AUGGGGUACGACAACUAUGGAAAGAUAGUGAGUGAGAAGAUAAGCCGACCCCGCUGGUUUGAUGCGCUAUUUGCCUCUCCCUCAGCCCUCGCACAGUGGGAAAAUUCUAUCUAUGCCAACGACGACAAGGACGAUCAAAUCUCUACCAACCAAGUCGAUGAGAUCGUGGUACCAGAGUCCGGCUUGGGCGAUGUGUACAGCUGUGGCAGGGUCGGCGUCGCCGCAGUCAGCUCGAAUGGGCCCGUCAAUUUCGCUGAUGUAAACGUUGCGGAGUUGUGA